AUGCUUUCCAUAUUCCUUGUGAUUUCUAUCAUAGCAUCGCUCCACGCGGAAAGCGUACAUUGGCAAUGGCGUGAGCUGGAAUGUACUCCCGACAAAGGCGACGCUGUGAAGACGACCGAUAAGAACCCGGCACCAUGUCACUUGACUCUUCGCGAAACCGAGUUCGACCCAGCUGGCCGCCCGACGACAGGAUUGCCAUGUUUCGACGAGACCACGAAUGGCACCCUGCGCACCUAUUGUAAUAUUGGAUGUCCACGAGCCGAUACGGCCUACAUGAUCAAAAGGGAGCCCCAGAACCAUCAUUUCUGCUUCGGACAUCUCACUUACAGAGUGGAGCGCCGCGGGAGCGAUUGGUUCGUUUGGCGCAGUGGGAAGUGCCGAACAGACGAGGUUAAACUAACUUAUCGUUGCGAAUUCUUGUUCCCCCGGAGUGAAUUUCUAAGCGACAAUGAUGUAUUCGCGAAAACCGCCCUCCACGGACUCACCGAUAAA